AAUGUAAGAGUUAACAGAACUUAAAAACUUAGUUAUACAAUCUCUUGAGGCUAAUGGAUCUCUUGCUAAGAUUAGAGCUUAAAUUAGAGCAUCUGUCUUUAAUGUAGUUGAUUAAUAAGAAGGGAAUAACAAAAAGCCAUCUCCAUUUUUCUGGGAAAAUAAUAAAGCUUAAACAAUAUAUGAAUUAGGUUGUGGUAGAGACAUGUUAGAAUUGAUAAAGGAAUUUUUCCUCUUUUUUGAUAUGCAUUACACAAAUUCAAUAUUUUCAAGGUAUUUACUUGAAAUGAUUUUUAUUAGCGAAAGUAAUUUGAAAGAUGAAAUUAAUCGAGAAUAAAUUGCAAAAAAAUUAAAUAUUGAAGCUAAUGAUACUACUAAACCAUUGCUAUUUUUCUUAUUAAAAAAUCGUCAUUCAGAGAAAUAAUAGUAAUAUAUUCAUAAAAAUUUAUUUUAGGGAAGAAAAAGCACCUUAAAAAAUUGCUUAGCCUACUUAAAAAGAAUCAUAAUUGUAGUAAUAACAAUAACAAUAGUAAAAAUAAUUAUAAGAAUAAAAAUUAUAAGAAUAGAAAAAACAAGAGGAAUUGAAAAAAUAAGAGGAACUCAAAAGACAAGAAGAAUAGAGAAAAUAAUUAUAAGAAGAAUAAAAGAAAUAGGAUGAAAUAAAAAAAUAGUUAGAAGAAUAAAAGAGAUUAGAAGAAUAAAAAAAAGAAUAGUUAAGAAAAUAAUCAGAAGAAUUGAAAAAAUAAUAAGAAUAAUAAAAAUAAGAAUAAUAGAAGUUAGAGUAAUAAAAGAAGGAAUAAGAAAAAUUAAAAGAAUAAUAAAAGUAGUAGGAAUUAUUAAAAUAAUAAUAAGAAAGAGAAAAAUAAGAGGCUGCUUAAAAAAAACCAUAACAAAAUAAAUUUAAUAAUAGAAAUUUUGAAGAUGAAAAAUAUGAUAAUGAAGAUUUAGAGGAACAAUUAGAGGGAGAAGUAUAAUAAUUAUAAAUUUAGGAUUUGAGGGAUUCAUAAUUGCAUUAAGAUUAAUUUUAAGAAUCAGAUGAAUAUAUGCAAUAAUCUUAAUCUUAAGGAAUUGAUAUGACUGUUGAUUCAGCUGCCUUAGAAGAAUUUGAUUACUUUGAAGAGAUUGAAGAAAUGGAUUGAAA